UGAAAUAGCUGAUAUGUCGUCUGGAGUUCCGCUAACUGUUCCCAUGCCAGGGAAGCCUUACCCGACUGUAGGGCUCGGCACCUUUACUUUCUUUGAUGAAACCGGUUCCGCAGAAGAAUUGUGCAAUGCGGUCAAGAUCGCCAUUUCGGAAGGUUACCGACACGUAGACUGCGCGCUUGCUUAUGGUAACGAAAAAGCGGUGGGGGAUGCUAUAAAGGCGAAAAUCGACGACGGAACCAUUACCCGGAACGACAUCUAUAUAACCACAAAGCUUUGGAACACACACCACAACCCCGACCACGUCGAAAAGGCUCUGAAAAAGUCAUUGCGCAAUCUCCAGACCGAUUAUGUUGACCUGUACCUUAUGCACUGGCCGUUCGCGUUCAAGGACGGAGAUGAUCUAUUUCCAAGAGACAGUGACGGUAACUUUGUUUUCGCUGACCACGAUUAUAUAGAUACCUGGAAGGCGAUGGAGAAACUGGUUGGAGCUGGAUUAGCUAGGGCCAUAGGAAUUUCCAACUUUAACAAGAGACAGAUAGAGAGACUGUUAGAAGUAGCAACGAUACGCCCAUCAAAUAUACAGAUAGAAAUCCAUCCGUAUUUGCUGAACGAGACACUGGUUAAUUUCUGUAGACAGAAUAAGAUGACCGUCACAGCGUACUGUCCCUUGGCGCAUCCCAGUACAUCACGGAAGAUUGAAGGUGAACCAGUAAUAUUUGAUGAACAACUUUUGAAAGAUAUUUCAUCUGCUAAGGAAAAGUCGAUAGCUCAGGUUGUGUUGAGGUUCCUCCUACAAAGAGGUAUCGUUGUUAUCCCUAAGAGUAUAACUCCAACCAGGAUCAAGGAAAACUUACAGUUAUACGACUUUGAUUUGUCCGAGUCUGAAAUGAAGCAAAUAGCUGGAUUAAGUGGAAAUUUCCGGAUCGUUAAGGAAGAUAAAGUAUCAAGCCACAAAUAUUACCCUUUCUACGACGGCUUCUGAAGCAUUGACAAUCAAGAAAAUUGUAUUUAACAAAACUACAAGCAGCCAGCAUAGCAUGGGACCAGAGUUUUAGUGGACAGGCUGUUUAUGUAGUAAUUCGUGGUGUAAGGAUCAGUUGUGACAUGCUCGUUAAACUAAUUUCGCCACUUUCACGUAAUAAAAAAGAUAGGAUUUAAACAGUAGCAAACAAUUACUCGUUACUACUCCACAUAUGGUCAAGUAUAACAGAGACAAUUGACAUUAAAUCAAAUACAUUUAUCUUAAAAUCGACAACGCGAGCGCAAAAUACGAUAAUAAAUAUAGAUUUGCAUGGAUACAAUUUAAAAAAUACAUUAUAUUGGUCAUUUUCCUUGAACCUGGAUUUAGAGACCACCUGUCAAUUAUGUAACCUUUUUUAUUGACU